AUGGCGGAAAAGGACAUCACCGCCACCGAGCUGACCCAUGUCGAGUCAGUCGGAGUCGACAAGAAGGACUUUGUAUACGAUGAGGAAGUUAUUAUGAAGUCGCCAUUCGACGACUUUGGCGCAUGGAAGACGGCCAGCCUCUUCCGCUACGCGACGUUUAUUGCCCUUGUGGCGGCAUUCUCCGCCUGUGCCGAUGGAUACCAGAUCGGUAUGACGGGCAAUAUUGUCGCCAACGCUGGCUUCAUAAAACAGUAUGGCAGCGACUACAACGCCAAAGGCGACCUUAUCCUCGCCGCCGACCGCGUCGCCGCCUGGGGAGGCGUGCAGAGUGCCGGCCAGGGAUUCGGCAUGAUCAGCAUGCACUUCGUUGCGGAUCGCUUUGGUCGCAAGAUCUCCUUCUUCUCGCUGUGGGUCGUGCUCGUCGCCGGCGUGGCAUGCGAGACAUUUGGGAGGAUCUGGCAGACAUGGCUCCUGGCCAAGCUCUUUUCAGGCUUCGCAGUCGGCUCAGUCCAGUUCCUCACUGGAAGCUACAUUGCCGAGAUCUCACCGGCUCGUAUCCGUGGUUUCUUGCUCAUUUUCUACUCCAUCUGGUAUGGCAUUGGCCAGCUGUUUGCCACCCUCGGCCUCAAGCUCCUCAAGGACCGCGACCCGUACAACUACCUCGACCUUAUUUACUCCGAGUGGGCCAUGGUCGGCAUAAUGUUCAUGGUCUACCUGUACAUUCCCGAGUCGCCGUACUGGUGUGCCACGCACGGUUUCCACGACCGCGGUCGGGCCAUCAUUGAUCGUCUCCACGGCCGCAUCGACGGCUACGACGUCGACUUCCACUACUCCAUUGUGCGCAGGACUGUCGAGAUGGAGCAAAAGGCCGCGCGCGAGCUGCAUGGCGAGAGGAAGUCGUUCUGGCAAGAUAUCCUGGACACGCGCGAGAUCUUCUAUGGUGUCAAUGGAUUCCGUACCCUCGUCGCUUUCAUGCCUGCGGCUACCCAGCAGCUCACCGGUCUCCAGGUGCUCUCCAGCUACUCGAGUUACUUUGCCCAGCUAGCUGCCUUCGCCGACCCAUUCAUGUUCACUCUCCUCCUCUCCAUCGUGGCCAUCGUGACCACCAUUAUCUGUGCCGUGGUCGUCGACUUCGUUGGUCGUCGUAACCUCUUCCUCGGCUCGACACUGGUCAUUUGGUGCUGCCUCAUGAUCAUCGGCGGUCUGGGUCUGAUGCCCGAACGCAGCCACUCCAUGAACCAGCUCACUGUCUUCUUCUCCCUCGUGUGGCGCAUGGGAUCGACCGUGCUCGGUGACCUGGGAUGGUCGUAUGUGGCUGAGACGGGUUCGAUGCGUCUGCGCGCCAAGACGGCAGGCUUCUCGGCCGCCGGUGGUGUCUGCUUUGGCCUCAUUUUCAGCACUACCGUUCCCUACAUGAUCAACGCAAAGUACGCCAACUGGGGUCUCAAGACCGCCUUCUUCUUCGCGGGUGUCGGAGCCCCGUUCUGCCUGGGCGCCAUCUUCAUCAUGCCCGACACGUCGCGUCGUACUGCUGCAGAGCUGGAUGAGAUGUUCGAGAAGAAGAUCAAGCCAUGGCGGUUCCGCUCGUACGUCACGGACGCUCAACGUGCGCUCGAGGCCGAGCGUGAGCGCGUUGGCACCAACGAUCCUGCGGCGGUCAUUGCGGCCGCUGCCAGGGAGUCAUGA